UAAUGGCGUUGGGGCAUGAGUCAUGGAUGCGCCUCUAGCCAAAUAUUGAAAGAAGGAAGGAAGGAUUUACAAUGCCGAACGCAGUUAUUGUGCUCCGUGAUAUAAGCCGCCGCCAUAUUUGGUGAUCAUUUCCGACUUUCAUUCCUCUCACCCCUGUGAGUUCACUCCCCGCGAAAUAUGCUCCGUCCAGAUAUUUCUACGUCCAUGUAAAUGACGCUCAUGGCGUUGCGAGUGUAAGUGGACCAAACUAACCAACCAAACGCUACCGUGGUUACGAAACGAAAAAACGCCUUAGGUGACAGUGGGAAAACGUCAAAAUCUUUUGAGUUUUUUGUGAUCGUUCUCAGAUUUAUAUAAUAUCCUUUUUUGUCAUGCUAAGAGAAUAUCCAUAAAAAGUUAAAAGAAUGUCCUGCAAUACUUGCCAAACCAAAUUUUCGUUCUUCACGAAAAACGUGAGUGUCGUUGUUUUUCUCUACCGUUAUUAGAUCGGUUGUCCAAGCUGUGGCUUUUCUUACUGCAACAAGUGUCUCAAGUACAAGUGUGAUAUUCCUAAUGUAGGAGUGAAGAAAGUUUGCGGGUGUUGUCACAAUAAAUUAAACAAUAUGAAAAAAUCGAGUCCUGAAGCCUCCACAAGUGAUACUUCGUCAUCUGACAUAAGUAAAGAGCCACUUGCACCAAUUGAUAUUACUAUGAAGUUGGAUUCAUUAGAAAAUCCAGCUAGACCUCCAGUAGUGAUAUACAAGCAUACAAAUCCAUGGGACCAAUUUAAGAAGGGACUAGAACCAGCCGAUCAAGAAAUUGUCGAUAGAUUGCAGAAACUGAAAAACAAGGAGCAAAACAUUCCAUUGCCUAGUGUCGAUGAAAUAAAAAGAAGAUUGGCAUUGUUGAAAGAUCAAGAUCCAGAGGCCAAUGGGAAUAGUAAUGUCAUGAAUAUACAUCAAGUGGACACCAGAACUGAUCAAGAGAAGAUGGAUGACUUGAUUCAGGAGUACUUGGAAUUAUCUGCGACCAAUGAUCCUUGCAAAGAGAUACAAGAGAAACUGAAUUCUUUACGAGACGAGCGUGACAAAACUAAUGUUAAUGAAAGUAAGAAGGGUAUCGACGAUGAUGAGGAGAAGGUGACGAAGAAAUUAAUUAACAAGGCUUUAGCUGAAGCGAUGUUAGAGGCCAAGUAUGAGAAGGAGGAAUUGAAAGAUGUGGAGGCAAUGGAUUCCGAGAUUCCGAAUAGAAGCGAAGAUGAGGAUGAGAAGCCUACGUGCGUAAUGUGCGAGCAGACUGCGGAUCUUGUGCAAUGUAUGGGUUGUACCGGCGAUCUGUACUGUCCCGUAUGCUUCGAGGGCAACCACGAUGAGUUUGAAAAACACAAGACAAUCCGCUAUCAGCCGACAAAAAUGAGCUUUGACGAUUGAGGCACUGAUCGAAAGCAGUAAAUGCGUAGCACAAUGCGCGCAACACUAAUUUUGUCCUAAGCUUUCACUUUUCACUUAUUUCGAGCUUUAUCUACUCGAAAAGAGAUUUCAAGAAACAUUUUGCAGGAAUCUUACAAAGACAUUUUUAUAAGAAUUACGCAACAAUACAUUAACCAAGUAUUCCGUUCGCGGAGUACGAUUAGAAAUUGGUAUGAGAGAUAAUUCGUCUCGGUUGACGCUUUUUCUACUCUAACUUGUGAUAGUGGCAUCUUGUGGCUGUGACGCAGAGUAAGAGUGAUAUUGAUCGAAGCUAAUAAUUUCUUUCACCAAUUUCCGGUCUCAUCCGCUGUCGCGAUGAAAGUAUAGCGCUUAAUGUUUACACAUUAUAUAUAUUGUUCAGUUCUUUUCAAUUCAGCUUCUUUACGCCUUCAGUCGUGGAUUCAAAAAUGCCAGCAAAAUUUGUAUUAAAAACAGCAAAAAAACUAAAGCACAUCACUUGUGUAUAAGAAACAGAUGUGUAUAAACUUUAUUUAGAAAAUACGCAUGCCUUGUACACGAUCGUAUCUUCUAAGAUCGUUUAUCCUUCAGUCUUUGACGUUUUGAUUUGCUCGUUGUUUUGUCGUCGGUGCGACCAUUAUUUCGUAGAUAUAUGCAGUAAUACAGUAUCCAGCAGUAAGUGAUACCGAUCGCGCAGUAUAUGGAAGUAAGUGCUAACGGUAGGAAUGGCAAUCUGUCGCUGAACAGUAACUUGUGUAGCACCGUUUCGUAGAUUGUGACCAACGGCAGCGGAAUCACGUACAACCACUCGUGUAAUUGCAACAGAGAUUUGCCAUGCCGACUCGUCAGAAAUACAAUCGACGAGAGCAUAUACGUCAGCGACAAUAUUAUUUUUAACGGAAAUAGAUUAUUGGGAUACAAAAGUGGCAAAAGAGCGGUGUGUCCGGCACUACUUAGAAUUAUGAAUGUCCGUGCAUCUUCUUCGUCUGUCGCUGCGAGAAUGCUGGAAAAAGUUGUCGGUUGUCAUUAGUUUCUUCGGUCAUGCGAAAUUGUGGAUUUUUAUAAAUUUAUAAUCAUAUUUUUUAAUCUAUCAGUAUUAGAUUACGCGGCUACACACGCCGGCGAGAGAUCUAUCAAUAAUCUAUCAAUCAACGAUGAUUAUUUUACUCGAUCCGCAUGGACCAACAGUGAUGAAAAUCAUCAUAGUUUUAGUGAAUUCAGCUUCCGCCGUAAAAUUGGAAUUCGGCUUGACUUUAUAUUGUUUUAAGUGCAAUAGCAUGUUUCAUAAAAUAAUACGAUAUUCGAUAUCGUGCACUCAAUAAAGGAACGUGCUUACCAUAAAGGAACGAUCGCGGUCAGUAUAGCUUUUUCGUGUACGUGCCAGCCGAACAUGAACGAUCCUAAAGCGCAUAGGACAAUGCACCUAAUAAAAUAUUUCGGGUUCAUGUAGUGCUUCUUACAGAAUAGGCACCAUAGUGCAGGCUGUAAUAAUGAUAAUUAUUUAAUACAGUUUAUAUAAAAAAAAUGUAAUUACAAAAUAUAUUGAGAAAUAUAAGAUAUCUAACAUGGAAAA